UAAUUAAUUAUUUUAUGCCCUAACUGAGCGAAAUCUUCCUUAUUAUCAUGACUAUAUUGUGUGUUUCAGUGAUUCUUGGUAAAUCACAUUACGUUCUGUUUAAUCUGGUGUCUGCCAUGCAACCAAGAAUGUUGGUGACAUUUGACACUGAUCUGCGUCCUUUGCCCGUCUCUGUGAGAGUUGGCCAGGCAGUUGAUGUAGUGGGUCAAGCAGGAAAGCCCAAGACAAUAACAGGAUUUCAGACUCACACUACACCGGUGUUGCUUGCAUAUGGAGAAAGAGCAGAGUUAGCCACCGAGGAAUAUAUUUCACUGGCACCGAUAAUGGAGGGUUUUGUUAUCUUGAAGAAGAAUCCAGAAUACGAGAAAACAGAGAGCUGA